AUGCUUUCUAAAACUUUCAGACUUUCUUCAUCUGCUUCUCUUUUAAGAUCUUCAAUCUCUGCUUCUACAAGACUAAACCUUUCUAAAUCAUCUCAAAGAUUAUUCUAUCCUUCCUUUAUCUCUCACGCUAAAAUGUCAACCGAUACCGUCGUACCUCCCCUCCAAACUGCCUUUAUCUACCACCCAGGUCAAUUCGAACUCGAACAAAAGGAAAUCCCUGUCCCUACACCAGAACCAGGUAAUGUCCUUCUUAAAAUUGUUGCCGCAGGUGUCUGUCACUCGGAUCUCCAUGUCCUUGCAGGCUCUCUGCCCUACCCUGAUGGCCUCAUUCUUGGCCAUGAAGUUGUAGGUACAAUUGUCGGCUAUGGUGAUGGUGUCAAUAAAGAAUUAUACCCAGCUGGAACCCUCUUUGCUGCCCAUGGACCUAAUCCUUGCGGUAUCUGCAAACCAUGCCGUACUGGAGCUGACAAUCUUUGCGUUCAACCAACUCGCUCUCAUUUGGGUCUUGGUUCCCCCGGUGGUUAUGAACAAUACACUCAGAUUAACCCCCGUAAUCUGACAGCUGUCCCUGAAGGUAUCUCUCCAGCUGUGGCUGCAGUCUCAACUGACGCUGUUCUUACCCCCUACCAUGCCCUUAAGCGUGCUAAAAUCAAUGGUCUCACUAAACUGCUUAUCAUUGGUCUGGGUGGUCUGGGCAUUAAUGGUGUCCAAGUUGCCAAGGCCUUUGGCGCUCACGUCACUGCAGUCGACCUUAAGGAUUCUUCCCGUGAUUUGGCCAAGUCAUUUGGUGCUGACGUUGUCUAUGAUAAGCUUCCCGAGGAACCCUUAGAGGUGGACGUUGUUGCUGACUUUGUCGGUAUCCAAUCCACCUUUGAAUUGGCCCAGAAACAUGUUAAGCCUGCUGGUCUUAUUAUGCCUAUUGGUCUUGGUGCUACCCACCUUACUUUUGACUUGGGUGCCUUUGCCUUUAAGGAGUUUGAGAUUCUCGGUAAUUUCUGGGGCACAUCCCAAGACCAAGUUGAGGUCUUUGAGUUGGUUAAGAAGGGUCUGGUUACUCCUCAAAUUGAAACUACCUCUUACCUCAAUGUCAAUACCGUUCUUAAGAACCUUCAUGAUGGCCAUAUCAAGUCUAGAAUGGUUCUUGUUCACGACUCUUAG